CGAUGGCGGCUGUGGUGUGCUGUCGCGGUGCGCGGCCACUGCGGGUACUCUUCUCGCCCCUGAAGCCCGGAAUCCACGUGACCCGGGCUCGGCCGGCGGCCGCCUUCGGCACAGCGGUAACCUCUGGCAAAGUGGCUGUAAAUGGUGUCCACCUGCAUUAUCAGCUGACCGGAGAUGGCAGUCACGCAGUCCUGCUGCUUCCUGGGAUGCUAGGAAGUGGAGAGACUGAUUUUGCACCCCAGCUUAAGAGCCUAAGUAAGACGCUCUUCACAGUAGUUGCCUGGGAUCCUCGGGGAUAUGGGCAUUCCAGACCCCCAGAUCGAGACUUCCCAAUGGACUUUUUUGAAAGAGAUGCAAAAGAUGCUGUUGACUUGAUGAAGGCACUGCAGUUUAAGCAGGUCUCUCUGCUGGGCUGGAGUGACGGUGGCAUCACUGCUCUCAUUGCUGCUGCAAAAUACCCAUCUUACAUCAGCAAGAUGGUGAUUUGGGGAGCGAAUGCCUAUGUCACUGAUGAAGAUGACAGGAUUUAUCAGGGUAUCCGAGACGUUUCUAAAUGGAGUGAGAAAGCAAGAAAGCCUCUAGAAACCCUGUAUGGGUAUGACUACUUUGCCAAAACCUGUGAAAAGUGGGUGGAUGGCAUAAAACAGUUUAAACACCUGCCAGAUGGUAACAUCUGUCGGCACUUGCUGCCCCUGAUUCAGUGCCCCACCCUAAUUGUACACGGAGAGAAGGAUCCUCUAGUCCCGCGUUUUCAUGCUGACUUCAUACACAAGCAUGUGAAAGAUUCACGGUUGCAUCUGAUGCCAGAAGGUAAACACAACUUGCAUUUACGCUUUGCAAAUGAGUUCAAUGAGUUAGUAGAAGACUUCCUGCAAUGAAAACACUGAGGACUGUUGUCUUGGUAGUUCUAUAGAGAGGGCCUUGAUCUUGUUGCUACUGAUACCAAGACCCCUCAGCAGCUCUCUCCCUUACAUCAUGCCUCAGUUCCAGGCCUUCCCAGGCCUUCUCUCCACCCUACAAUGCUGAUCGUAAUCAAGUGGGCAUCAUGACAUGUUGAAACAACCUCCAGCUACAAGGAUGAACACUUAACAUUGAAUUGUGAGAUUCUAUCAUUCUCUUACAAUAAAUUCCUAGUGUAAUUUAUUUUCAAGUAAAUUUUACAUGAAACAUU